AUGAAACUUGUUGGAUUAACAGGCGGUAUAGCAACAGGCAAGUCGACUGUAUCUCGACUGUUAGCAGAACACAAUAUACCCAUCAUAGAUGCCGACAAAAUUGCACGGGAUAUUGUAGAACCUGGAAGAAAAGCCAACCGCCUCAUAAGACAACAUUUUGGUGACGAAGUAUUUCUUCCCGAUGGACAUAUGGAUAGAGCCAAGAUGGGAGAGAUUAUAUUCAGAGAUCCUGCCAAGCGAUCAGUAUUGAAUCGUUGUACCCAUCCUUAUGUCAAAUUAGAAAUGCUAAAGCAAGCAUUUAGGUAUUGGUUGAAGGGAGCAGAUAUUGUCGUUUUCGAUGUGCCAUUAUUGAUCGAAAGCGGAUUGGACAAAUUCAUGGGAACAAAUAUAGUCGUUUUUUGUUCCGAUAUAUUGCAGAUCCAGCGAUUGAGAAAAAGAGACAGUUUAACGGAAGAGCAGGCAUUACAGCGUAUAAAAGCACAAAUGCCCAUGUCGGAAAAAGUAGCGAAAGCGGAUAUUGUCAUUGAUAACUCAAGUGAUGUUCUCCAGUUAGAGGUUCAGGUGAAAAAUGCUAUACAAAAAAUAAGGCCAUCCAAAUUCACUUGGCUUUUCGAAUAUGCUGGCCCACCUAUUAUACUCUCUAUAUUCCCUGUAUUGAUAUGGUAUUUCGCCCCACUGUUAAUGAAAGCGAUCCGAAAAUAA